GGGUAAAGUUAGGUUAGAAAUUUUAAGUUUUUUAAAUUUUUCAAAAUUUUUGUAAACAAAAUAAAAUAGGAUCAUAGAAUAGGGUAAUGUGUAAAUAUUUAUUAGCAUCAAAAAUAACUGAACUAAUUUGCAUUACAGUUUUAUAUAUUUAAAAUAAACAAAUAGUUGUUUCUCUAAAAAGGUUUUUCUAAUAAUGUCUUUUCUAAUCGUUGCGAGACAAAUUAAAAAUAUCUUAAGAAGUCAGCCUGAAGCUAAGUACCAUACAAUUAUAAAUAAAUAUAAAUUAAGGAAUAUACCCUAUAAUUUGUUAAUUAAAUAUGCAUCUCAAGGGUAUAACCAGAAAGUUUGCUGGAAAUGUGGAAUAGAAAGGAAGAAUUUUAGUGAUAUCUUUUGUAGUCAGUGUAAUGUUAUUCAGAUGCCCUCCGAGAGGGAUAACUAUUUUAAAUUGUUUGAUAUAGACGAGCAGUUUGAUAUAGAUUCGAAGAUACUAAAAGACAAAUACAAAAACCUACAAAACAAUUUACAUCCAGAUAGAUUUAUAAACAGGACAGAGGAAGAGAAGAAGAUAUCAGAAAACUAUUCGUCUUUAGUUAAUAAAGCUUACAAAUGUUUAGCAACGCCUUUAAAAAGAGCAGAACAUUUGCUGAAACUAAGUGGUAGUAGUAUUGAAGAAAAACAAUCUUCUGUUGAUCCAGGCUUUUUAAUGGAGAUGAUGGAAUUGAACGAAGAAUUAGAUAAUAACGUCGAACCAGAACAGCUGAGACAGCUUAACAUAAAAAAUAAAAAUGAAUUGGAGAGAUUGGCUCAGAGCAUCGAUGAAUGUUUUAAACAUCAGAAUUUAGAUGAGGCAAAACAAUUUGUGAUCAAAAUGCAGUAUUAUACUAGUUUGGGAAACAGAAUUAAUGCAAAAUUGAGGGAAUUAGGCGUAGUUGAUUAGUUUAAUUUGAAAUAAAACUAUAUAUUAUUAUCAUUUAAUAAUUAUUUCUUAUUGAUUUAGACUAAUAAACAAAAAUAAAAUAUUCUAACAAUAAA